GUUUACCGAAUAGUCGGGAUACAUUUAUUCAUGUUAUAAAAGUGAUCAGUCUGGUAUUGCGAAAACGUGUUGCCAUUUUGAGUUCUUGUUCACUCCAAACCAGUUCAAUUACGAGCAGGGUGCAUCGUGUAUGUCAAGGGAUCAACUGUUUCCGAGUGUCUGAGGUAUAUGAUGGUCAGUCCUUACCUGACACUGAUACUGACCCUACUGGCAACUGCUAUCCCGGUGACAUGUCAAAUUGAUGGAGGGUUCUCAGCGUGGUCGGAGUGGACCACUCCGUCAUGCGCAGUAACAUGUGGAACAACAGCCACGACGCAGGUGCAGAGAACACGGAGCUGCAGCAACCCUCCGCCAAGCAGAAGCGGACAACCAUGCACGGGAAGUUCUAAGGAGACAAAAUUUGUAAGCUGCACAUUUGGUCCCUGUCCAGUACAUGGAGGUUUCUCGCAGUGGACACAGUGGUCCAAUCCGUCAUGCGCAGUAACGUGUGGCUCAUCAGUCACGACGCUGGUGCAGAGACAUCGGAGCUGCAACAACCCUCUACCUAGCUUUGGCGGAUCACCUUGCAGGGGAAGUUCUGCUGAGAGUGCAGUUGUAAACUGCAACUUGACCGACUGUCCAGUUGAUGGAGGGUUCUCAGCGUGGUCGGAGUGGACCACUCCGUCAUGCGCAGUAACAUGUGGAACAACAGCCACGACGCAGGUGCAGAGAACACGGAGCUGCAGCAACCCUCCACCAAGCAGAAGCGGACAACCAUGCACGGGAAGUUCUAAGGAGACAAAAUUUGUAAGCUGCACAUUUGGUCCCUGUCCAGUACAUGGAGGGUUCUCGCAGUGGACACGGUGGACCAAUCCGUCAUGCGCAGUAACAUGUGGCGCAUCAGCCACGAGGAGGGUAGAGAAAACCAGACGAUGCGACAGCCCUGUACCAAGCAAUGGUGGGCGUUAUUGCAUUGGGGAUGCAUAUAAAUUUGAGGAUAGAAAUUGUCAGCUUCCAAACUGCCAAGAUGACGUGGGGUUUAAUACAUGGGGACAAUGGAUUAAUCAAACCUGUGACGUCACAUGCGGAUCAUCAGCCUCCAAGACGGUCACGAGAGUAAGGACUUGCAUGUAUCCAAGUCCACAGAAUGACAGCGGAAACUGCACUGGGCCGUUUGAACAGACGAAAACGGUGAACUGUAACUUAUCCAACUGUGCAGUGGACGGCGGUAUAUCUGAGUGGGAUCAAUGGGAUGACCCCCCGUGUCCAGGGUCAUGUGACGGGGCGGUCAACACAACUUUGACCAGGACCAGAAACAGAACAUGCUCCAACCCUCCUCCCAGUAAUGGCGGCACAGACUGUACAGAAGCCAGGUGGCAGAGGAACACGAAAACGUGUUGUCCAGAGUCAUCGUCUUCCACGCGGCAGCUGGCUGUUGGCAUUUCUGUUGGAGUAGCUGCUCUGCUGGGUCUAAUAGUCAUCAUCGUAUGUGUCAUGAGGCGACGACACUCAUCCGAGAAGGAAAAGCCUUUUGUCCCUGCUAGACUCGAGUUGAUUACGUUAAUGGGCGAGGGGAAGUUUGGUGAGGUGUGGAAGGCUCGAGCCCACGGUAUUAAUUCCAAGGGACAGUGGGACUUCGUGGCUGUGAAGAAGUGCAAAGGUAAUGCCACAGAGGCUGUACGAGAAGACUUCAAACAUGAAAUUGAACUCAUGAAGUCUUUACCGAAACAUCUCCAUGUUGUGAAUUAUCUCCAUUUUUCAGCCAAGGCAGGCUCUGAUAUGCUGAUAAUGGAACUCGUUCCAUUGGGCAAUCUUCUUAACCAUUUACGAUCAAGACGUCCGAAGGCAGGUGCUAGGACGCUGAAAACUGAUACUGGAGCUGAUACACAAGAACUGACAUCUAAAGAACUGACGAUGUUCGCCCACCAGAUAGCCAAAGGAAUGAUUCACCUGCAAAAUAAUAGAAUUGUUCAUCGUGACUUGGCUGCCAGAAACGUACUUCUUGGUGAAAACCUUGUCUGUAAAGUAUCAGACUUGGGCUUGGCCAGAAAACUCGCAGACACAGGUGAAGAUGCAUACGAAACAAAAUCAGGGGGUCCGCUCCCUAUCCGCUGGAUGGCUCCAGAAUCUCUCAAAGAUAGGUUAUUUUCUUCCAAGUCUGAUGUGUGGUCUUUUGGGAUCUUGCUGUGGGAGAUUGUUACCCUAGGGGCCAGUCCUUACCAGGGCCAGUCUGCCAGAGACGUCAUGGGCUUCGUGAUGAGAGGAGGAAGGAUGCCCAUGCCAGACCACUGUGCCCCAGAGUUGUACUCUUUGAUGACGAAAUGUUGGCGCCAUGAGCAGGAGUCGAGACCAGACUUUAAGGAUCUGAGCAGUGAAGUGGACUCUCUGCUGGAGGAGGCUGGCGACUACAUCAAACUGUCAGAUUACCAGGAUCACCUGUAUAUGAUCCUCGAGGGACAAUCUGGUGACGCAGAGGAGAAGGUCUGAGAAUCUUCUAUCAAAGAACAAAUUGGACAUGGCGUGUCUGUACACGUGUCGUUUGCCUUUUGCAAUACAUUGUAGGACAUCAUAAAUGUAUUAAAACAUUAGACUUUUUGUGAAAUCGGCAGUGUAUUCCAGAGGAAUCACUACUUAGUGUCCAGAUCUGUUUGGUCUAUAUGUAAAUAUACACCUGGAACUUAAUUAAGCGCCACCGAACUAAAUAUGACACAGAAUUAUGAAUACCGAAAAUAAGCAAACAACGAUUAUUUAUUAGACAAUAUGGCCCUUUCCCCCACACCAUCACACUGACAAUGCCACGAUCAACGCGAUUGCUGUUGCAUGCACUGCACGUGAAGCACAAUACCCUUGAAUUUUCUAAAAUCAAGUAUGGGUUUUUACCUUUGCACACCUUGAAAAGUAAACAUUUCUUGACAAAGACUGUCUGAUCGUUGUAAACAAACAUCAUGCCACGUCAUAGACUGUCAGAAGCAUUAAGAUGGCAGGUUAUUGGAAUGAAUAAUGCAGGAUUGUCUUUUAGGAAAAUUGGACGGCAACUUGGACAUCGCCAUUCCUUAAUUACAAGAUUAGUGCAAAAAUACCGUGCAACAAAUGAAGUUGAGGAUAGACCACGCCCAGGUCAGCCUCGAAAGACAUCCAGGCGGGAAGAUGCAGCGUUAUUACGGCUUGUUAGGCGACGUCCGUUUAACAACGCUACAGUUUUAAGAUCACAGUGGCUAGGUGGCCGAGCAAUUUCAACCGUCCGAAAACGUUUGAAGGUAGCGGGGUAUAGAGCCAGAAGACCAAUCAAACGUCCACUGUUAACACAGGAACAGAGACGAGCUCGUUUGGCGUGGUCAACUCAACGUCAGAACUGGAACAUUCGAUCAUGGAGGAGAGUUCAUUUUUCUGAUGAAAGCCGGUUCCUUUAGCACAUGGUGGGCGGGCGUACACGUGUCUGGAGGCAGCCGAAUACAGCCAUGGCUGAAACGCAACAUCCUUGAAACCAUUCCUUUGGUGGUGGGUCCGUAAUGGUGUGGGGUUUUGUAUCUUUCUCAUGUAAACUGGACUUGAUCAGUGUGCAUGGCACUCUUAACGGACCUCGAUAUCAGCAUGACAUCUUGGAGACGGCAGUUAUUCCCCAUUUUGUUAACCAUCCAUUGGCCACAAGACCGAUAUUCAUGGAUGACAACGCCCGACCUCACAGAUCACGUGCUGUCCGCGAAUGUUUACGUCAGAAUGCGAUUGAGACAUUUCCUUGGCCAGCACAGAGUCCUGAUCUCAAUCCCAUAGAGCAUCUUUGGGACAUUUUACGUAUUUUUCAAAUAUGUCACCAUUUGAAAAUAAAAUCCAUCAGUAUUCUUCAAACAAAGGGAUUUUUCGGUAGGUUACAACAAGGUUGACUCAUUGAUAUAAAUACGGGUGGCGCUUAAUUAAGUUCCAGGUGUAUAUAUUAGAGCCAGUUGUCAUUUGUUUUCACUUUUUUUUGCAGAAAUUUCUUUGGAAUGUGGAAACGGAUUUGUCUCUUUCAAAUAUAAAUAUAUCAUAAUGUCUCAGUAUAUCAAAUAUUACAAUUACCCUCAAUGCAUGUUUGUUAAACUAGUUUGAAAAUGGAUAAAGAAAGUCAUACUUAAUUUUCGUUUUUUUUAAUGUAUAACAUGGACGGUGGUAACUAUUCAAUGUUUUGGAGGUUUAAACAGGUUCUAAUGUGUGAGUUACAGGGUGACAGAUUACCCUUGAUUGUGUUGUCAGAAAUGACAGAAACAAACAUUGCAAAAGUGGUACGAGUAGCGAAUUUUCAUCUCCAGGGAUCACAAUGGGAUCAA